AUGCCGUGCGCGCCAGCCGCGAGCGCCCAGCUUGAUCGUCUGGAGGCGGACGCUGCAGCGCCGGAAGCGGCAUUUCGCGGAGAAGGAGCGCCGAAUGCCGGGGGAACUGGCGGAGCGGCGAGCUCAGAGCAGAUUUGCUCCUCGCUGAGCCACGCGGGACGCGAUACGGAAGAGGCUCGACGGCUUGCAGCGCAGGCCGAAGAGAACGCACGGUUGAAGAAACGCCAGGAGUCGGGGGUUGGAGGGGUCACGGUCGUGGGCUUUGAGGAGUUUGCGUCCGCGCUUGCUAAUGCGGUUCGGAUGUUGGAGAAGGAGGCGAGGGCGAUCGCGCAGGAAAGAGCGGCCUUUGUCGAUACGCGUAACCAGGAGGCGUUGGUGCUGGGGCGAGUGGACGCGAGGCUGGGACAGCUGCAGGGCGUGGUGACAGACUCCAGGGAAGCCGCUCAGAAGAAGCUGACGGACGAGGUUGCGCGGAAGAUCGACAACAUGUCAACCGCGGUCUCCGCGAUAGCAGAGUGGGCAAUCACCACCAGCGGGGUCACGAACGCGCUGCACACCCUCAUCGGCAACCGCGACAGUGACAAGUACUGUGGCAAGGGUAAGGCGGAGGAUGGAGAGGCGCCGGCUGCUGCGGGUUCGCUAGCCUCGAGGCGAGAGGUCCAGUCCGCAGCGGUUGCUGCGGCAGAGGGCAAGCAGACCACGCUCGCACCCGCUCGUGCUGCAAUCACCGCGGGAAAUCUGCACAGCGCACUGGCAUCUGCAAGUCCUAUCGCGGCCUCGGUCGAGGUCAAGGCGGAGAAACGCGGAUGGGGUGGCAAGAAGUUGCCCCCUCCACCCGUGUACACGAUCGACGAGGACGAUGCGGAUGAGGAGCUGGAGGGUCUCGUGAGCAGGUGGGUCGAGGCGGGCGACGGAGGAGAGCAGGGUGGGGAGGCCGCGGUCGAUGUUUAUAGCGGCGGGGAGAGCGCGGACGAGCAAGACGGAGACCCCGUGAUCGUGGAAGGUGGCACAACGGGAGGACAUGGUGACACCGGCCCCAAGCGCAAGGGCUGCGGCAUCCGCGCUCCACCCAGGGGCGGGCCCGGAUUGGUUUGUGAACCCCAUUUGGGGGGGAAGAAGCGAUGGCUCGGACACGGCGACCGCGAAGACCUGCAGUACAAGACCGCGAUCGCGAUGUAUCCCUACGACGGGAAGGUCGACCCCGGGCUGAACCUGAGCCAGCAGCAGAUCCGAGAAUGGGCCGCGGACCUGUCCAUCGCCGAGGGGUUACAUACGGGCCUCUUAAUUAUCAUGCACUACCGCAACCUCGUGGCAAGCAAGGACAGGUGGCAACGCAUGUUCGAUUCCUAUCGCGGGCUAACCAAACCCGGAAUGCACACCACCAACGUGAUUGCAUGGGCCGCGGUGGUAGGCAAUGAGGUUGCAGCAGAAGAAGCGGAUCUCGGCGACGUGGAGCCGAUGGACUACGCGGGAGCAAUCGCAUGCGCCAUUGCAAUGGUGUGA